AUGUUUAAAAAGGCUCGAACAGAAGGAAAAAAACCUAAUUGGAUUGGGGAUAUUGUUUGGAAUGGUCUUUUGGAGAAGUGGAACAUGCCACUUUAUAGACAAAAAUGUGAAACGGCCAAAAAGAAUAGGACAUCUGACAAGGGUGGUUGUUUGCACACUGGGGGAUCCAUUAGCGUGCAUGAGCAUGCAAUUCGUCUGCCACAGGAGCUUGGUCGGUCAGUGCAUGUUGAUGAAAUAUUUCAGCAGACACAUAUUCGAGCAUCAACAGGACAAUUUGUCGAUGAAAGGUCUAGGCGGACACAUGAAGAGUUUGAAGCAAAAUUUUCUCAAAUAAGAUCUGAGACAGCAUCUGUUGGUGCUUCAACAUGUUCUCCCCUAGACCCUGCAGAUGAGGAAAGAUUGAGGAACCAAUGUUGGUUGGACGUUGCUGGUGGAAGGUACAAGGGACGCGUAUACGGCAUCGGAAAUGUCAGUGCUCAAGAUGACUGUGUUGAUAGUUACAUACAACAGACACAGGCAUCUUCUUCUCAGCAACCGAUGGUAGACGACAUUUCUAACCUCCACACACGAGUAUCAACCCAUGAUGACCAACUUCGACAGAUGAACUCUCAAUUGCAAGGCUUUAUUGGCGUCAUAAUGCAGUACCUUCCGCCUCCUGUAGUCGCAAUUGCACAACAAUUUUUUCAAUCCCAAAAUCAGCCACAAACUAAUGUUCAACCACAACAACCACAGCAACCAACAGAUCAACCACAAGAUGAUAAUGUUUAUGGAGAUUACUAG